UCUUACUGCUAUGGUUUCCGGAAGACACGGGUGUCUUUCUGCUGUUUUCUGUUCUCCUCUAAAAGCUACCUGAUCAAUGGCUCGCCAUUUUGAAGAAGACUUCAAGUUUGUCAGCCGUCUGAGACCUGAGGCCACCAGCGAAGACAUAUAUGCUGCCUGUCGAGAUGGAGACGAGAUGUUCUGCAAGGAAUGGUGCAUGAGUCCAGACCACGACCUCAACAUCACAGACCAACAUGGGUUCACUCCCAUGCACUAUGCCACCAUGCACGGCAACACUGGUAUAAUUGACGUGUUUGUCAAUCGCGGGGCUCGAGUUGACAUCGUCAACAUGGGCGGAGACACGCUGCUACACAUUGCCGCUGCCUACGGCAAGUAUGACAUCGUCCAGAAGUUGCUGAAGAUGCGUGCAGAUGUGGACUGUGCCAAUGAACAUGGCAACACUUCCCUGCACUAUGCCUCCUUCUGGAAUUUCAUUGGAAUAUGUGAGAUCUUGGUGAAGCACGGAGCUCUGGUGGCUAUGUCUAAUAAGUACGGGGACACCCCACUAUCAAAGGCUCGUCCUCGCCUCAGGAAGAAGCUGGAAGCUAUGGCGUCUGAGUUGGGUCAGAGUCUGGUUAUCGUCCCUCACAAGAGUGAGUCUAUAUUUCUGUACUUACAUCACUAUGCCUUACCACUGUUUUUCUCACGUAGAGACAAACUUGGGAAGAAGGAAUGACUGUAAGUUAAGCCCAUGGUA